ACGAGCUGGCGCAUGUGCAGUGUAGCUCUCGCAGCAGGACGGCGGCCGAAGGAACAAGGACCGAAACCGCUGGGUCCAGCAGCGCGUUCCGGGUCCGGGGAUCCUUCUUCAGAACACGGACAGGCCUCAGAGACAUCCCGGGGGAGGUCGCCAGGCCCGAGCGCCAAGACCUGGCUCCUGCCCCCGGGGAGAGGAGAUGGUGAGACAGGAGUAUUUGAAGAUUUGAAGACGGAAGUUUCAACAUCAACAGAUGAAGGGUUAUGCCCGAAACGUUGACUCUCCUGCUCCUCGGAUGCUGCCUGACCUGCUGUGCUUUACCAGCGCUGCACUUUUCAAAUCUGACUCUCCAGCGUCUACAGUCUUCACUUUGAUGUCAAUGUCUGACAGUCACUCAGUCCAUCGGGAACGUAACAGUUUUCAACUAUGAGUCUGUGAGAAGGAGGAAAGCUUUUUGUUCCCAUUUGAGUACGUUUUCAGCAUCAAUGGGAUUGGAUGAGAGACCCAACUGUUGCAGCGCACUGAAUGAGGUGUGUGUAGCAGUUAUACAGCCCGGAAAGAGUAAUUCACGACGUGUUUGUGCGCGGCUGAAGCUUUGGCCAUGGAGAAACCCGAGGAAUCCCGCCCCAUGGAGAAACCAUGGAAGUGUGGUGACUGUGGGAAAGGCUUCCGUGCUCCGUCUGCCCUGGAGAUUCAUCGGCGCAGUCACACCGGAGAGAGGCCAUUCUUCUGCCCUGAGUGCAGGAAGGCCUUCAGCAAUUCCUCCGCCCUGCAGGCCCACCAGCAGGUCCACACAGGGGAGAGGCCAUUCCCCUGCACUGAGUGCGGGAAGAUCUUUAGCAAUUCCUCCAUCCUGCUGAAGCACCGGCGGGUCCACACGGGGGAGAGGCCCUUCAGCUGCCCUGAGUGCGGGAAGGCCUUUACACAGGCGUCCAUCCUGCUGACCCACCGGCGGAUCCACACUGGGGAGAGGCCGUUCUCCUGCCCCGAGUGUGGGAAGGGAUUCAGUCAGGUGGGCAACUUGCGUACGCACCAGAGGGUCCACACCGGGGAGAAGCCCUUCAGCUGUCCCGAAUGUGGGAAGGCCUUCAGCUAUUCCUCCGACCUGCUGAAGCAUCAGCGCGUCCACACCGGGGAGAGGCCCUUCAGUUGCCCCGAGUGCGGGAAAGGCUUCAGCGAUUCCUCCGACCUGCUGAAGCACCAAAGGGUCCACACAGGGCAGAAGCCCUUCAGCUGCCCCGAGUGCGGGAAGGCCUUCAGUGAUUCCUCUGCCCUGGUGAAGCAUCGGCGAGUCCACACGGGGGAAAGGCCCUUCGACUGCCCCGAGUGCGGGAAAAGCUUUGCCCGGUCCUCCAACCUGCUGACCCACCGGCGGAUCCACACGGGGGAGAGGCCCUUCAGUUGCCUCGAAUGCGGGAAAGGCUUCACCCGCUCUUCCCACCUCCGGAGCCACCAGCGAGUUCACAUGCCAUCGCAGGGGGAUUGAAGGAGUGACGGCCGAGUGCCAUUAUUGACUGGACGAUCAACCCAGUUCCAGGGAUUCCGGGUUCAAUUCCCACCGCGACAGAUGGUGGAAUUGGAAUUUGGUCAGAAAUCUGGAGUUCAGAAUCUAACGGUGAAACCAUUUUAGGGGUGUGGGGGUGGAGAAACCCCCAUCUGAUUCACUCAGUCGCCCCAGCUGCAUCCUUUACCCGGUCUGGCCUGUAUGUGACUCCAGACCCACAGCAGUGUGGCUUAUUCCCCCCACCCCCAGCCCCCCCAAAAGCCCCUGGCAAAUGGGCGAGGAGAAACUUACUUGGACACAGGAUAUGGGUUGAAAUUGCUGAGUGAGGCAAUACUUCCUCCGGGUUAUGGUUGUAAUGAGGAUCCAAUUACAAAGAGACAAUUUCGUGCUGGCCAAUAUUAAAGAAAGGGGAGGCGGGGGUCUGUGUGCACUUUGAUCUUGAGGUGUUUUGUUUUUUAAAAAUCUGCUAUGCUUUCUCUGCCUUUUUGCUGGAGAGAAUCUGAAGCUGUAACAAAGUUGGGUCACAAUAAAGGGUUACCUGAACUUACCCCCUGGCUCAGACUCUCAUUGAAGGCUUUGAGCUCCAAGAGGUUUUGGUUUUAAA